GUCAAGUCGAUGUUGAGUUAUGGCUGGUGGAUGAGAGGUGGUAAAAAUAACGACUGUCUUUGCGUUAGGAUUCAUUUUAUCUGAUUAUUCGAUGAUCAUUUGGAUAAUUGUGCACUAUUCAGCGAAUUAUUCAGUGGAGUGGUGGGUACUGAGGACCGAGAGAUGAAAGAAUCGUCCUGCGGAUAUCUCCAGAGCUAGUGGAUCUCCAAGAAACUUCCUUCGAGGAUAAUUGCUAAUAAUUCGAGUCAAACAUGAGCUGAUUUUUUAUUCAAUCAGGAAUGACUUCACCCCUUUGAUCUAGAGUUAGAUGAAUUGUUUAAGAUUGAUAAGUAAUGGUGUGAUAGCGUCCAGGACGUUUUUUUUUUCCUGAAUUUGAGCAGUGAGUAACGAUAAUUUGGGGAAAGGGUUAUUUUUUUCUUGUCCGGUGAAAAUAGCAUCAAGGGAUAAAGUGGAAUUGUGGGUGAGGAGGAAAUUGAGCCCAGAUGAACGGUACGUGGAUGACCCGUCGUUAUCAUCAUCCAUUCUUGGAUCAUCCAUCGAGGAAGAGAAUCACGUCAAUUUAUCGAUCACGGAAGCCCCAUAUCCGAUUCAUUGGAAACACCCUCUGAAUGUAUUACCUCCUUGACGCAUUUACAUGGAUUAAGUUCCCUAGACAUAUGGUGAAAUUCUCGUGAUAGAAGAUUUCACUCUGUUCCAUCGACUAACCCCGAAGUCGACGACUGGAAAAGCCAAUUGGGGUAUGACGAAAUAUUCGUUGAUGGUAGUCUACUGUCUAUGUGCCCUCAUCGAUAUGGCGUCCCUUCAUUUUUCCGAGAAAAUAUGCGAACCGGUACUUUCAACGGAGGUCGAAGGGUGGCAUAUUAAAGUCGAUAGCCUAUCGUCUCGCACGAUUCGACUAUCCGCAAGAAAACGCGGAUACCGAUUUUUUCCCAAGAUCGAAAGGGGAUUGGAGAUUGAGGAGUACGGCAGAAAAGAGUCAUCCUUAUCAUUAAGGGACAUCCUACCCUUCAAUCCUAAGGCUUAUGAUAAACACAGACCACCGAAAUUCGCUGGACAACCGACUGUUGUUUACUUCCAUGUCACUGUGCUCAGUAUCGACUCCAUAAAUGAGGAAUCAAUGACUUACGUUGCCGACAUAUUUCUGGCUCAAAGCUGGCGUGACUCGAGGCUAAGACUUCCGGAAAACAUGUCCGAGGAAUACAGAAUACUCGACGUCGAUUGGCUGCACAACAUAUGGAGGCCGGACUGCUUCUUCAAGAACGCCAAGAAGGUCACCUUCCACGAGAUGUCGAUACCAAAUCACUAUCUCUGGCUCUAUCACGAUAAGACUUUACUCUACAUGUCCAAACUCACCCUCGUUUUAUCCUGCGCCAUGAAGUUCGAGUCUUACCCACACGACACGCAGAAUUGCUCCAUGAUGAUUGAGAGUCUAUCUCACACGACUCAGGACCUCGUCUUCAUCUGGAACAUGACAGAUCCGCUGGUCGUGAAUCCAGAGAUCGAGUUACCCCAGCUCGACAUCUCCAAUAACUACACGACAGACUGCACAAUCGAGUACUCGACUGGCAAUUUUACGUGCAUACAAAUUGUCUUCAACCUGAGACGUAGACUGGGCUAUCACCUCUUCCACACGUACAUCCCAUCAGCCCUAAUCGUCGUCAUGUCGUGGAUUGCAUUUUGGAUAAAACCAGAGGCUAUUCCUGCACGCGUCACCCUGGGAGUUACAUCAUUAUUGACACUGGCAACGCAAAAUACACAAUCCCAACAAUCCCUGCCGCCAGUAUCGUAUGUCAAAGCAAUCGACGUUUGGAUGUCAUCGUGCAGUGUAUUUGUCUUCCUCUCGCUAAUGGAAUUUGCUGUUGUCAAUAAUUACAUGGGUCCAGUUGCAACUAAAGCAAUGAAGGGGUACUCUGACGAGGACAUCAGGGAGUCGAUUGAUGAAUUUAAGACACCGAUGAGACCGGAGUCUCGGAACAGAAGUCCUAUGAGACCAUUCACUGUCCAAUAUGAUACCUGCUGUCAGGGCCGAGCCACUGCUAUCUACAUCGACAAGCUCUCAAGAUUCCUCUUUCCCUUUUCCUUCUUUAUUCUCAACAUCGUUUAUUGGAGCACUUUUCUAUAAUGUUUUUUUCAAGAUUCACUUGGCUUUAAAGUGCAAUUGUCAACGUCCACAUUCUCAAUGAGACGGCAUUACCAUUUUAAGUUUAAUGAGGUUUAAGUAUUUUUCGCCAUUCAAUUGUUAAUUCUACGAGUUAUUAAAAAAUAGUCAU